AUGACGCUUCCCAUUCCGACUCCGGGCUCCAGCUCGAGCUUGGGGCCGUUACCGCCGCAAUGGCAGGGUUCGGAGGAGUCAGUGAGGGCAUGGUUACAGACCAAGGCGGAGGAGGAGCGACGGAAAGCGGAGGAAGAGCGCACUCGCCAGGAACAGUAUCGGGGAGAUACGAGACGCGUUGAGCUGGAGAUGCUGCGGGAAUCGUUCAAGUACGGCAUACCACCAACGCUCGUGCCGUUGGUGUUUUUGGGCAAGGGUGCCAGUGGGGAAUGGGCGCACGAAUUGGUUGCUCAGCAGAUGGGAAUGUCGGCGCAACAUGUUGGACAACUUGCAAUACAAUCUUCUGCCCAUCCGGCUUCUCCUGCGGGGCCCGCUCUGCGCCGAGAGACUCGGUCGAUACAGCAGAUGCACCAGCAAUCCGUUAGCUCGCAAGGUUCAGGCCACCCGACCCCUCCACAACCACCGCCACACCCCCAUCAACAGCAGCAGCUAAUGGGACCGCCUGGUGGUGGGGUCCCCCCGCCGCCGCCGCCGCCACACUACUCGACGUAUCAGUUGCCAAGUGCCGGAAGGCCUGGGUCGUCACAAUCCCAACCUCCGAUACAGCAAGCAAUAACGCCUCAAGGCGCACCGCCACGCUCGAAUCUCCCCAGGAUCAACACAGGGCCGGGUGAGCCGAAAUAUAUCCAGCAGAUUCACCCGGUGCCAAUGGGCCCACCGCCUGGGGCACCCGGACCUUCUGCACAUCAGACGUCGCACCACCAGGAAGCUGCCGCUUCACAGAUAUCUUUCCACCAUUGGGUUCCGCCGGCUACCCAAUCUGGAGGUGGCGGAACGUCGUCGUCCGCCCAGGCCGCCACCGCUUCGCCACAGAGACAGCUCGACUCUCCGUUCACGCAUCAUCCGGCUCCUAAUGCUUUGUCGGGAAGCGACUACACCAACGCCGACAACCCGGCAGCGCAGAUCGGUUGGCGCGGGGGAGGCGGUGUCGAUAGGUGA